AUGAUCGACUUCGACACCUUAGACCAACUGGAGAGAGAAGUGCAGGAGCCCAAAGAGAGCAAGGCUGCAGGCCCUUCGCUGGAGGACCAGGGCUGGAUUCUGAUUCGUCCUCUCAAUGGUCUCUGCAAUCGCCUUUCUGCGAUGCUGUCUGCUGCGGUGUUGGCUGCAGACACAGGACGGCAAGUGGCAGUCGAUUGGCGGAUCACCGACACUUGUGGGUGUUCGUGGGACAGGCUGUUUGCCCAGUCUACACUUCAGGUUGGAGCCAGGACCAGAGUAUGGCUACUGACCGAAGAGCUCCUGAAGAAACUCGAGCCAAUGCUCUGUGGAAUUCGCAUACUUGAUCGGAUCUGUCCAAGUGCAGAUGAGAUGAACUUUGCAUCUGCGAUGGCAGCCAGGGCGACGCUUCCACCUUUGCAGCUGCCCUGCUGUGGGCUGGCCUGCUGGCUCGACCUCGAGUCACCCAUGUGGCUGGAGCAUCCUCGAUGCGCCGGUAUGCCCGCUUGCGAUCUUCCGCUUGCGCUACAGGCACCCUGCACAGUCAUCGCAGCUUUCUCUGAGUUCUACCCGUCCGCCAGGCUUCGCGACGAGCUUGUGGAAGUGAGGUCGGAGAUUCUCCGUGCUCUGGCUCCGAGCCCACAGGUUCUGCGGAGGACCAGUGAGCUGCCUCGGGGCACCGUUGGCGUGCACAUUCGGCGAACGGACCAUGAGGCUGCUUGCUCGGAAUCCCCUGACUCCCUCUUCCUGGAGGCCAUGGACAAAGCCGCAGAGGAGCUCGGACCGCGGUUUGGAGCCUUCUUCCUGGCGACGGAUGAGCCCGAGGUUGAAGAGUUGAUGCUGCAGCGCUAUGGGAAUCGGCUCAUGUGCCACAAGAAGCGCAGCCUUUGCAGGAAGACGCCGGAGGCCAUUGAGGAUGCCUUCGUUGACCUCCUGUCCCUGUCCAAGUGUGAUCUGAUACUUGGCUCCUUCAUGUCUUCCUUCUCUGCCCUGGCAGCACUCUUGCAACAGCGGCCACUCCGGACAGUCCGCAAAUCGGUCAAAAGGCCAUCGUCGUCGGGGCCGCUUCGGAGAGAAGUCGGGCCAGCCGGUCUUUCAUCAGAGGUUUGCGCGGCCUGCGCGGCUGCAAGCAUCCCUUGCCCUGCCAUGCGGUAA